GACUUUGGGUGCGAGGACAAAGCAAGGCGCGAUAUUGUGGACACCUCCCCACACGCCUCGGUCGCGCCGAUGGGGACAGGAUCAGUAAAAGACUGUUCCAGUCCAGAUGCAUCCCUGAAAGGACCUCUGGGUCUGCUGGACAAGGGUGUGGUCCUAGCUGUUCGCCGCGAUUUCGUGGUUUGGCUAACGAGUCUGAGAGCGUACGCUUUCAGCAAUGUUGAAACGUGGGGAUUACUUGCUGAUGGCCAACGUUGUGCACUUAAUCACCUGGAGAAACGGUGUGGUGCGGACGGAUCGGAUACAAGGCUAGUCGCUGGACCCUAUCGAGCGCAGAGUACCCUCGGGGAAUGCGCCGACGGUGGAAAGGUGACGAAUCAACAAUGGGAACUACGCCGGACACGAAAGACCUCGGUCGACUAG